AUGGACUGGUUUAACAAGUCAAUCAAGCUGACCAAAGGCAUUCUGAGUCAGAAUAACGGCGGCGUGGCGACGAGUACUAACACAGACAUAGUCACAGACACAGUCACAGAUACGGACACAAACGCAGCCACGAGUAUAGACCCAGACACGAAUGAACACACACACACGAGUAGGUCUGUGGGUACUGCGCAUGGGACAGCUUCCGGUGCACUGUGGUCGAGUGAUUCGAGGCGUACUGAUAAGGGCACCAAAUCAGCAACGAAAUCAGUCACGGAAACAAAAACAAAAACAGAAACAGGAAUAGGAACACAUCCGCUCCCCCCGGCUUUGCAAUGUAUUUACGACAGAGCCGUCGAAGCCAUGGCGAAGGACUUGGUAGGUAAGCACAAUCACGGGGGAAUGAAGGAUGAAUCGUUGCACGACAGCAGUGAAACGUCAGACACGGAUGUCGGAUUGUCAAAUUCGGCUGCCGGUCGCUCAAGUACGUACAGUGGCCGGUCAGACUCGCAUGCUGGGGAGGUGGUUACCAAUGGAGGCAAACCAGCGGAGUGUACAACGGCUGCCCUGGAAAGUAGCCGCACAUUCGACUGCUUUAGCGGAGAGUUCUUGUCGUAUGCGGCACAGCACAGCACCGUCCACGCUGAGGCUGAUGUGGGGGUGUUGGAGGGGGUGAGAGAUGAACUGCAUGUAUACGUGCUGCAGCUACCAGCAAGCCGUAGUAGAGAUGGGCGAGGGGAGGCGGAGGAACCCCCGGGGAUCGAAACAGGUCGUGGUAGAGGACAAUUAAGGAGGAAUGAGACACUAGAAGGCUUGGCGUAUAUAUGCGGUCUUCUCAAGUGCCUGCUGGUUAUGAGUGAGUGUGGUAUCAAUCAGAGACGUAUAGCAUCGAGUCAGACAGGCAAAACUGUAUUAACGCUGCUGCAAUGGGCUGUUGCGCAGGUGACACAAUCAGGCCAAUCAUUGGUACCAGACGUUCCCGGUCAGACUGUGGCGAGAUCCACGAACAGUAGUCGCGUACACACAGACCCGCAGGAUACCAUACGCCCAGCCAAUGGUGGGGUUGAGACAGGGAGCGAUACAGACAGACGCGACAGCGCGAGCGCAGCGGAGGGCCAGCACGUGGGACUGGCUGUGGGAGAGAUGGCUCUGCUGAACGAGAUAGUGGUGGUGAGUAUGCGGCUAUGGCAGCGGUUGUGUGGGGUGAGCGAUCGAACACGCACGCGUGCACACGCGGAGAAGGGCGUACGUGUGCCGCAACAGGGGCGUCAGAACACGUGGGAUGCGAAUACCGGGACGGAAAGCGGGACGGGAGGUCAAGGGGCGGAGCCGAGUGAUGCACCGGCGGCAGAGGACGAACAGGUGUGGCUGGACGGAUGGAGUGAGCGUACAUUUGGUGUAGGUGUCUUCGGGUGCAAGGCCAGCAACCCGCUUGGCCUGGUUGGUCGAAUGUGUGGCAGUGAUUCAGCCCAGACCGGUACACAGGCUUACACACAGAUACGCAGGCACACACACUCACCGGUGCGUGCCCCGGGGUCGUCUCAGAUACACGCACAGCCACAGCCUAAAGGAUCUGAUAUGUCGGUUGUGUUUGAUACUGGACCAGUACAACCUACCCAGAGCAUGCCAUACCCCGCAGAGGUAGGAGAUACGGCCGCGCAGGGGUGUGAUGAGAUGUCAGGACAUGGUACCGCACGAAGGUGUGAGGAUGAGCUCAUACAUGGGACGUGCGAGAGAGUGAGCUGUACCGAGGCACAGGGUAUCAGGUACAACCACGCGCAGGUGAUGGAUAUGCUGGUGGCGUGUGUGGAACUGUGGGAGGGGCUGGCCAGUGUGCACGCGGCGCAUGGGUGUAUAGGCACACACGCAGACGUGCACGGAGACACACAGACAGCCAGCCGAACACACACACACACGGCGGCAGAGGUGCUAUGUGGAACAUCACCACCACCACCCGUAGACGUACAUGAGGACGUACGAGACACGGCAGGUACGAGCCAGACGCACACCACACACACACCACAACUCGGGUCUGCACGCACUGCGAGUGUGGGGCCAAGCCGAACCCACAUCACACAGACCGAGAAACUGGUAUACACACCCCAUGUGGCGGUAGGUACAAGGCAGCUCUGGCGCGAAAGCUUGUUCACGGCCGAAUGUAUGGGAAGGGCCUCCUACUACGAUGUGGCCACGGAGUGUGUGGUUACCAUGGCAACGUGUCUGGCCAACGGCGAGCAGGAGCAGAGGGACGUGUUUGCGGUGCGUGGGGGCUGGCAGAAACUGAUCCAAACCAUCGGACCACGUGGCCACACACGGGGACUAAUACCAACACGUGAACAAGCACAGUCACGGGUACAGACACGUGCACGCUCGUGUAUGGACAUAGCAGAAGGUACCCGAGUGAGCCUGGAGGUGUCGCUGCAACUGCUCGUGGUGAGGUUUGUGGUGGUGUUCGCGUGCGAGGCCGAGUAUGUGGUCGGUCAGCGCGUGGUAACCAAUCAGAUGGCCGCGAUGGAACAAUGCGGGGCGCCGGGAACCAAUGAUAUCCCUCUGAAAGACGGGGGCGGCGUGGGUGAUGAGUCGUAUUUGAAUGAGGCCCUGAGCAGUCACCUGACUCGGUUGUUGCUGUGGGUCAGUUAUCAGGACCACACCCUGGCCAAUACCGAUGCGCGUCUGCAUGCCGGUGCGAAUGAUGGACCUGCGUGCGGGGAGUAUCGUGCAAACCCGCCAACGAGCAAUACCAAUAGCAACGGAUUGCUUGCCUUUGGCCGCUCAGGUAUUUCAAGUGUGAUGUGGGGAGGGGAUGUGAACCGGUGUACAGAUUUGAGCAUUGUAUGGGACUGUUAA